AUGUCUCUCAGAUUGGUUCUCCGCACCUUUGACUCCAUGGUGAGUGCCGCAGUCACAGAAAACUUGGAAGAAGCUGGAGUGAAAGUCCUCAGGAAAACACAGGGUGCACCCAACACAAGGUUUAUAUUUCUGCAGAAGUUUAAGGAGUUUCUUAAGGAAAACAUGACAUCAGGGAGAGUACAUCCUGUCCAGCAGUGCCCCCUACCAGUGAUAUUGUGUUUAUUUCACAGAAUGAUCCGUCUGCUUAGAUCAUUAUGGGAUGAUCAUGCGUCCCAUGCUGCUUCACGGGGUCUGGUCAGCAGUGACAAGGCUCAUGUAGCAGAAUGGUGUUUUGCUGAUGACAGUGUGACAUUUGUGGACAUCCAGAGAUUUGGAGGAGUAAUGAGCCAUCUGAAGAAAGAACACAAAGAACUUUUGCAGAAAUGCAGUGAGCACAGAUCCAGAUCUGAUCUACAUCUCCCCCCUACCUCCCUCUUAGAGCUGUUAGAUGGGACAAUCAUGUUAUUUGACAUAGGGGCAUACAAACAGCUGGGCAAAAUGGCCACCCUCCAUGACACAAUGAAGGAGUAUGUCCUGGCACUACAAGACACUCAGAGUAAAAUUGACCGUGCUGCACCCGAGAUGACAGAAGUGUUAGCAGAGGUGAACCAUGCCAAGUCCGUAUUCCUAGAAAAGUCUGCAGAACAAGCUAGGCAGAGAGCUUGGCUCAUAGCAGUUGUCUACUCCAAGGAGAAGCAGCUGGAUGUACAGUGGAUAAUGGAGACUGCGAUGCGUACCAUUGAGAAUGCCACGGUCUUUUUUCCCUUCAUACCAGAGUACUACAUUGAAGUCUGCAUCAAUGCCUACAAUGCUUUGAAGCACUACUUCAAUCCCAUCCAGCCCUUCAGGGCUCUGGAGCACCUGGAUAGGAUUAAUGAAGAAUUUGCAAGGUUCUUGGCAAAACAUUUUGCUAACAACCAAAUUGUGAAUACAGUGGGUUGGUUUAUGGGUGUCAGGCGAGAAGCCGCCACCAGUGCCUUACUUAACGAGCCUGGCUUCCAGAUGUCCUCUGUGGAGUUUCUGCUGGGAGGCACCCCAGGUCAGGCCACAGUGUCUGCCAGUGACAAGAGGAACUUCUCUCUCAGGAAAUAUCAAGAAGUCAGUCCAGAGGAGAUAAAGGAGGUGGAAGAGAUGAUAUCGCAUUUAAAGAAAUGUCAAAUCUCCAGGGAGAGAAAAUCAUCGUUCUCUGAAGGAGAAGAGUGUACCAUCUGUUAUGCCCACUCUGCCAACUGUGUGUUCCAACCAUGUAAACAUGUAUCAUGCAGGAGUUGUAUAUCCCAACACCUAAUGAGCCAUAAAGAAUGCUUUUUCUGCAAGUCCACCAUUACCAAAGUGCUGGACAACAAUGGUAAAGUUGUGCCCAUCAAGUCGGGGAAGUCAUAACAACAGGAAGAAGUUGCCUGGCAACCAGGGGAAGUGGCAACUAAAACCAGUUACCAAGCAACCAAAAGGGGUGGCCAAGCAACCAAAUCAGUUUAAUUGUUUGGGAAGUUACUGAGCCAUAAAACAUUUUUAGUAGUACAAAGUUCAAGUUAUUUUACAACAGGAAUAGAUCACCUAAUCAGUUAAUAUGUUGUUCAGCAACAAAAAAUUGUCCCAAUCUAAAAGAUGCCUCAGCAUUACUUAACUUACAAAUAUUGUCAAUUUAACCCCAUUUAUGCAUAUUCAGGCAGUAUUAAAAGGAUAGUGCAAGAAUGAAAGAACAGUGCAACUUGGAAAAUGAAUUGAUCAUUAAGGUUGAUUAAUAUUCAGUUUGCCAAUAUGAAAGUUGUAUAGAAAGGCAUUAGGCUUAAAACCAGUUCUUGAAUAUCUUGAAUAUCUUGAUAUUUAUGUAAGCAUUCUCACUAUAGGUUUGUGACCUAUUUGAAGUCAGCAGUCUAAAUACAAGCUUCUAGUUUUGCAAGGUAAUUUAUUUCACUCUUGCAUCACAAAUGUAUCCAAUUUACAUAUCAGACAAAUAUAUUGUAUCAAUUCACAUUGCUAUGCAAUGUCCUUUAUAUUCAAGGAAAGUUACAACAGUCACCAUAUCGGUAGUAGGUGUUUAAAACUUUUUGCAUAAAUGUGGUAGAAAAACAGGGGAAAUGAUUAAUUUUGGUGUAUUUUGAUUAAUAAGCACUGAAUGAAUUGCAUUUGUGCAUGGUUGAUGGAUUUAUUGAAAUGAUUGCUUUUAGCUUUAUUCUCAAGAGCUGAAAAAUGAAUACUUUAAAAGAUAAUUUAUGAUGUAAGUGUAACAACCCCAAACUAUUAUAUGCAGUUUGUGACAAUAUUCUGUGUCACAUAUUGUUCCUCAUUAAAACAUUAAUUGCUAUUUUUUUUCUGAUCAAAUACAUUUUAACUUACAAAGUUAUCUUGCCUCGAGUUUUUUCUUAAGUUUUUCUUAAUGUGGAAAAUAUUGUGAUUCAUCUUGACUUUACCAGUCUUAUAAUAAUAAUAAUAAUAAUAAUAAUAGUAAUGGUGAAAGUAAUCCAUCCUUUUUCAAUGUUCAGCAGACUUUAUGAAAUAAUAAAUAAAGAAAUGUACACACACAUUAUUAUUGAGAGCAAAAUAAGUAGCUACAUAUUAAGAUAUGUUAUUUUAAUGAUAUAUGGGAAAGAAGUAAAGGUCAGUUAAAAUUCAGUCCUUUUAGCUAUAAACUUUUUUAAAAUGUUGAAAAGGUGAUGACUGUUGCAGAUUUCAAUGGCCAAAUUAGGCUACAAAAGAGACCUUUCCACCCUUACGGACAUACAUACACAGUAGAUCUGUACAGCGAAAUGCCCCUUAGGUUCUAGGAGUGGUCAUUUAGGAAUUUGCUUCCUAUGUGCAUUGCCAUUACAGAUAUUUAACUUUCAAAUUGCCAAGAAAUGUGGCUGUAUUGUGGAAUUCCAAGAAAAUUGAGUGGGAAAAGAUAAUAUUAUUGGAAAAAGAUCUCUUAACGUCUCAAUGGAAGGAAUAAAUUUUGUAAUUAAACAGAAAAACUGGAGAAUCCCUUGAAGAUUUCAGGAAUAAUUGCAUUAAGUCAAAAGGAAAGGCUCUGCUCGUUGUUUUCAGAGUGUAUGUUCAGUGAAAAAUGACACAUAAAUGAAAUGGUAGUAAAAAUGUUUUAAUAUUUUAAAAUCGAUAAAUUUUGAAUUACUUUUAUUUAUUUCACAAGAAACUUCUGAUAACGGUGACAAUGUGGAAAAUGAAGGAAGUCGAGUGAGAAUAAAAAUCCCGUCAAACAAAUUGCUGUGGAAUAAACUGAAGAAAAACGGAAAUGACAAUAAUUUGAUAUGAUGAAAAUAGCCAGGAAAUAAGAAGUGAUCCAUAAAUGUUGUGACUUACAAUUACCUUUACCUCUGCAUGAGGCACUGAACAAAGUUUCCUUUAUUGCCUUGUAAAAUUUUCUUUAUUCACAUUAAUUUUCUUUUUGACUACAUUUGUUAAUCUCUCUCUGCUCUAAUAGAACGCUACCAUUUCUUGUAUUUA